UGUCUUGUGCAGUAAUGUGACUUGCACACAAGCGCAGUACGACGGUCAGUACAGACACUGUCCGGUGAAUAGCGUUACUGCCCGAGCUCAUUAAACACGUUUAGCGAACGAGAGAGAAGUGUUGUUGUGCAUGCAGAGAUGUCUCGAAGCAUUAAAAAGCUCACUGGGCUCGUGGCAGCUACAUUCACACCACUCACUGCAGAAGGGGAGAUCAAUCUCUCUGUAAUUGGACCAUACAUUGAUUACCUAAUAGAGAACCAGAAUGUCAAGAGUGUGUUUAUUAAUGGCACAACAGGUGAGGGCUGUUCUCUAACUGUGGAUGAAAGGAAGCAGCUUGCUGCAGUGUGGUGCCAACAUGGCAAGGGCAAGCUUGAGCAAGUGAUUGUUCAUGUUGGCUGCAUGAGUAUAAAAGACUCUCAAGAACUGGCUCGGCAUGCUGCCAGUAUAGGGGCCGAUGGCAUAGCAGUAAUCUCUCCUUCCUAUUUCAUACCCGUUAAUGCAGAUGCAUUGAGGUUGUUUAUAAAGGAAGUGAGCACCUUUGCUCCAGAUCUUCCGAUGUAUUAUUAUCAUAUUCCAAGCAUGACUGGUGUUGCAUUCGAUGCGGCUGAUGUGCUAAAUGGGAUAGAGCAGGUGAUCCCCUCAUUUCAGGGAGUGAAAUACACUGGGACUGACCUGAGGGAUCUCGGGCAGUGUGUCUGUUACAGUCAGUCCCAUAACUGGUCUGUCCUGUUCGGAGUAGAUGAGCAACUCUUGGGAGCUUUGGUACUAGGUGUUCAUGGAGCAGUUGGGAGCACAUAUAACUACCUCGGAUGCAUAGUGAACAAGAUGCUUGCUGCUUUUGAUAAUGGCAACCACAUGCAGACCAGAGCGCUGCAGUUUGAAUUUAUGGAGGUUAUCACAUUUGCUAAGAACCUUGGUUUUGAUGUGUCCGUGAAUAAGCAGGUGAUGAGUGAAGUGUCAGGGUUAGCAAUGGGUCCCCCUCGACUCCCGCUGCUGCCAUGUCCUGUCUCAAAGGCCCAGGCUAUAGCACAGAAAGUCAAGGACUUCUCUCAGGGACAUUAAAAUGAAAGAAAUUUUAUUGAACCUACCUGGAACUCCAAACAAAUAAUUUGUGUUAGCGAGCUGUAAACUGUACCACAUUUUUUUACACUACAGUAUAUUGAUGUAUUGCAUGUUUUUUUUUUACAUU